AUGUCGCUUCCCCCACCCGACGAGGAUUACCCACACCCCUUCCACCUUGACCCCGCAGAUGGCGAGAGCGCGCCCGAGGGCGUCCCGGAUCCGGUCACGGCGGCGGAGCUGCGCAUGUGCCGGCUGUCAGCGCAGCUGCGCGAGAAGGAUCGGUGGUGGGACAAGUGCCGCGACGCGUCCAUUACGAGCAGGUGGAUCGCAGAGGUAAAGCAGCAGCAGGAGGGGAUGUGGGAGUGGGAGAAGUUGACGGAUAAUAUGGUAUAUCAUCUCCAACUGAAUUUUGUCAUCGAGGAGCUUAGGGCGUAUGCCGACCGACGUGACGCCGAGCUCGGGAUCGAGCCAGGCCCGUUCGACAUGAUAUUUCAAUCCGACUGUCUUAUCCCAGAUUCUCUCACUCAAGAACUGAAAGACGCAGUAAGACCUCUUGAAGAUGUGCCCGACGCCGAGAAGGAUUGGCAUCCAGGAUCUGACCAGCGCGUGAUCGACCUCGUUCACCCCUCCAUCUGCCCUCUCGUCUACAGCGAGUCGUGGGGGACGUCAUCUGGGACCGUGAAGACGUUCUCCUAUGAAAAGGAGGAUGACGGGAGGGAAGAGAUCGACCCUGUGUUCCUGUCGGAGCGGUUCCAGUGGCUACCGUCUGACUUCAUGGUUUCUGCGGAAGGAACAGUCAAGCUCACCUCGCCCUACAUUAACAACAUCUCUCCCGAGCAUCACGAUGCGCUCGUCCCCACGAUCAAACGCGUCAUGAGCCGCGCAGUGCCCAUGUGGGAGCUCGUGCUUUCUGAGCUGGGAGGGAGUAGGACCCGCAGAGUGCGUGAUCCAUGUUGUGUGUGGGAUGAAGACGACAUGAAUGCGGGGGACGAAGAAGACCAAGACAAAGAGGAUGAUGAUGAAGACAAGGAUGAUGUCCGUGUCGCCCAACGCCAGACUGAAAAGGCCCGGCAGAGGGCGAAGGAGAGGCAGGAGAUUGAAGCAAGGGCCGAGAAUAUGAUUGCCUUCCCUGAAUGGACUCGCGUUCGCGUCCUGCGCGCAAAUUUGACGUUGCCCGACGCACUCGACCAUUACGACGCUCCAGAUGAUGCUCAGAUGAUUACACUGCGCGAACGACCAAUUCAGGUAAUAGUGAAGCUGGCAAAUAUAGUCUUGACCCCGGAUAAACCUGAAUAUCCCGGUGGUGUGUGGCACGUCGAGGGCAUGGGGAACGAAUCCAUCGUGUCGACCUUCAUCUACUACUACGACUCCGACAAUAUCGAGCCCGCUUCCCUUGGUUUCAGGCAGGCUGUGGCAUCCCCUCCAUACCACCAGCAAGAUGACGUGGCCUGCAUGAUAAUGCUUUACAAUCUACGACGUGAAGACGCUCUUAUCCAGGACGUGGGCUCGGUGCAGACCAAAAGUGGCCACUGCAUCGCGUUCCCUAACGUUUAUCACCAUCGCGUUUCUCCCUUCAAGCUCAUCGACGCAAGCAAACCUGGUGUACGAAGGAUCCUAGUCUUCUUUCUUGUCGAUCCAACUCGACGCAUCCCGUCCGCCACCACCUCAGUUACCACCGCCAUCACCCGGUUGCACCCCCGCGGGGGUCCUACUGGGUACCCUCAGACGUAG